AUGGCCCGGCCGCCGGGCCUGACGACCCACGGCUACGAGAUCCAAUUCGGAACCAACCACCUCGGCCACGCCCUGCUCAUCCAGAAACUACUCCCGCGGCUCCAAGCCACCGCUGUCGAGGGCCACGACAUCCACGAGCACCCGGCCUUCGCGGGCUGGAGCCGCUACGGGCAGAGCAAGCUGGCGAGUCUGCUGUACGCCCGCGAGCUGGCGCGGCGGUAUCCCGAGCUGACCAGUAUUUCGUUGACGCCUGAGGUGGUCAAUACGGGGCUCGUCGGGAAACCUGGGCUGCUGGAACCGGGCGUUUGUCUGUGGGCUGCGACGACGGCCACGGCGCACUUGACGAAUGGAGGGUUCUACGAGCCUGUUGGGGUGCUCUUGUCCAAGCUGGAUAGUGCGGCCGAGGAUGAAGAGUUGGCGAAGCGAUGGUGGGAUUGGACGGAUGAGGCUUUGAGGCCGUUUUUGUGA